UUGACAUUGACAGUUCACGAAAGAUGUUAUAUUUUGAUAGUUGAUGUGUACGUGAAGAAAUGAGAGAAUAAAAUUUUAUUUUGUGCUUAUUUAACAACUCCACCUAGAGAUUUGAGGUUAAAUUAGUAAAAAGAAACAAUUAUUGACUAGACAAAAAUGUCUAAGCUAAUUUCGGUGCUAGUAUUAUAUUUAUGCUUUGAUUUGGCUCAUCAGUAUCGGGGCCAAAGCAGGAGUAUUGCUGACAAAGAGUGGGAUUUUUUAAUAUUCACUCAACAAUGGCCUAGCUCCAUGUGUAAAGUCUGGACACACAAUAAACCAAAACACCACUGUGUUUUCCCUAAGAAAGCUGAUUCGUGGACCGUCCAUGGCAUUUGGCCUACCAAGAAAGGAACGAAAGGACCAUUUAAUUGUAAUACCACCUGGCUCUUUGAUCCGGAGCAGGUGAGGCCAAUUGAAAGUGAAUUGGAGCAGGCUUGGACCAAUAUUGAAAAAGAAACAUCGCUGUACAACUUGUGGGCCCACGAGUGGAACAAACACGGUACCUGUGCAGCAAUGAUAGAACCGCUGAACAGCCAACUGAAAUACUUCAGCAAGGGCAUUGAUUUCCUCAACCAAUACCAUAUGAAUGACAUUCUCACUAGUGCCAACAUCGUACCAUCAGACACAAAUCCCGUAAAGGCUGAAGAAGUAAGUGCUACGGUUGCUUCCAAGAUCGGUGUACGACCAUUCAUUGCUUGUGAGUUUGAAGACGGUGUGCAGUAUUUAAUAGAGCUCCGAGUUUGCUUUGACAAACAAUUGAAUCUUAAAGAAUGCGAAGGGGAGCAUGAAGUUAACGGAGUGUUAACCAAUUGUAAUAUUGCAAAGAAUAUUAUUUAUCCCACUGCGUUACCUCCUGCUAAUCUGCAGAUAGUUCAAUUGCAUAAGUUCAUUAACUGGUUGCAAUGGUUUACUUUGUAAUUAUAAAGAAGUAUUUUGAGUUAUUAGUACUAAGCUUUGUGCACUACAAUAGACCAAUCUCCGUUUGAUUAGAGGGCAAACUGCCACCUUGUAGAGAUUUCGAGACUUCACAUCAUACAUAGUAAUUUAAUUUGGUUCAUUCUUUCAGUUUGAUAAAUUACAUAUAGGUAUUAUAUACCUUAAACUUGUUUUGUAUUGGAUGUUUCAUUAAUCAUCCUUACUGUAAAUCUCAAAAUGAUAUUAGAUAAUGAUUGUUUUAUAAUUAUAUUUUGUAUAUAAUGGUUAUUAGCUUGGCAAUGCUACUUAAUGUGGCAACAUUUUAUUCAAGAGUUGCUUUCUAACUGUAAAUAUUGCCAUAUAAAACAAAAUAUAUUAACUGUGUAUGGUCGAAAUUCUACGAUUUUAAAUCUUUACUUUCAUGUGCACUCUUAUUGUGAAAAAAUUUAGAUUUUUAUUCUGUAAAAUAUAGGAAACAACCUACAUACUUUAAACUUAUAAAUUGCUAGGAAAACCUUAUGCAACCAGUCGGAAAGAGCUCGAAAAUCAUGAUACAGACUCAGUAACAAUAGUUAGAUCUAGAUAGACCAUACCAAUCUAAAGAAGUUUAUUUUGAUAUUCUAUUUUAACUCUGAGGUGGUACAAAUUUCUAGCUAUUUUCUUAUUUUUUUAUACGCAAAACAUUGGUUCCAAGUUGGUCUUAAUCGAUUGUUAUCAUAAAUAUUGAAGGAGGAAUAAUUAUUGUAAAACCUUUUUUUAUAAAUUUUGUUGAGUAAAGAGUUGCAUAAAGGUAAGCGUCCACAGAUCCGCAUCGUACGCAUCGCACUCAUUCCGUAUGACGUCACCGGUACGCAUCGCAUGUAGGCAUAACCGGUGAUGGGGCAUGGGGUCCGUACAAUGCGAGUCAGUGGACGCAGUUGUAUGAGUUUCUAUACUUAACAAAUGAAAAUCCGUUGCGUGCGAUGCGUACGAUGCGGGUCUGUGGACGCGUACCUUAACCCGGCGUCAUGGGGGUGGAAAGAUGUUACAAGGACGUUGGGGUGGGUCUCACCGACCCGUUCAUAAUGUCGAAAUUAUUUCAAUAAAUUUAUAAAUAACAAAGACUAUUUUAUGCAUGUUUAUAUUUUUGGGUAUUUUUGUGAUUAAAUAAAACACAAAUAUUAUGUUAUAUUAUGUUUUAAUUAUAUAUAAUAACAUUUAAAAAAAAGAACUAAAAUUAUCAACAAACAUUUUCUCUUCUACUUAAAUGUAAUUAUAUUAUUAUUAAUUAACAAUCAGUCUUAAAAUUUAAUGGCACUUUUUUGUAGGUAACUAAAUAAAUUUAAAAAAUAAACAAUUAAUCAUUUGGAAUCAUUAUCUUUGGUACAGUCAGCACAGAAAGGUACUAUAUGUUCUACGCAGAUAUAUUGCAAUCGAAUAGACAGUGGAAUAUCAUCAUUAUCAGACUCUGAGAUAUCCUGUUCUGCGGCAAUUGAAAUACUACGCUCCCUCAAGUGAUCUUCUUCGUCACACACAUCCUGGUCUGACAACUCAGUAUCAGAGUCAGACUCUUGUAAAAUUGCCAGAAUACGCUGUCGUUCAGCCUCUUCAUGGUCCAUUUUUACUAAGUACCUACAAAAAAUAGAAAUAAAAUACAUAGAACUAUAUACAACCAGCUACAAUUGUAAAUAACAAUAAAAAUCAAAAAUAAAAAUGAUAAAAACACAGAUUAUAAAUUAAACAAUAUGUAUACAAAAUGGCGCGAAAUUGUUACACCGACUGCGGGGAUGGGUCUCACGUACCUUUUUUAACUUUGUGCUCCUGUAUCUCCCACUGCGACCGUGGCACGACUAACGUGUGGCUUGCAACGCGUAGGACAACUCAACAGCUCCAGCUAUUGAGAAGAGCAGCAACGUCGCACACAUAGUAACCGAACUACAAGCGAAAUAAAAUUUGCUGGGUCGCACAGACCCAACCCCCAUGACGCCGGGUUAAAGAUACAUACAUUUCAUAUUUGGAACCUUUGUUUGUAGAAUGAUAUUAAGUUUGCUUUUUAGUUUUUUAUAAUAAUUUAAUUAGUUAUGAGAUUAUAAUUUUGUGUACUUAAAUACGGUGCAAUUAGUAAAUAAAUGUCACUAUCUGUAGACGUGCGAUUAUUGAAUUAAUUACAAUUUUGUGGUCAAUGGCCUUUGGUCAUUGGUUGGGCCAAUUUGUGAAGCAGAGGCAGGGUGAUAGACGACUGCUAAAAAGCGUCAAUGGCGCUUCAGUCGCUGAUGGCAAGUCGCUAUCAAAAUUAGUAUGUCUACUUUUUACCGAAAUAAGUUUUUAAUGUAAUUUAUUCAAUUAAUUUUAUGGUUAAAGUCUUUUUUUACCAUUUUCUUUGGCUGUAGUUAAUAUCUAACCAAUGUGGUUCAUAUUUUGAAAAUUUUAAUUUGGGUUUUAAAAAGGAUGUAUAUUUUUUUUAUUCCAACUAUAUCGUCUUUCUUAAUUUAAUCGGGAAUAUAGAUUAAAUAAAGAAAUUACUCUAAAACACUACCAAAAACCUGUACCCUUAGUAUUAGUUUGCUUUACGUAUAAAGUACUCGAAACAAAAGCGCGUUCGGCGCUUUGAUUGGCAGGCUCGAAUAAACCAACCAAUCAUAAAGCCGAACAUUCUCUCGUUUCGAUUACUUUAAACGUAAAGCAAACUCGUACUAAUGGUACAGUUUCUUUAUAGUAUAUUCAGUGCCUUAUAAUGAACCCAAAGUUCAAAAUAAUAUUAUGUGAGUUAAGCUAAUUGCAAAUUAAUAAUCCAUUGCGAAGCGGGCCUUAAAGAAUACACACUAUUUUCUAUCUUGUUUGUAUAACACUAGAAUGAUAUGGAAACGUUUACUAAAUCUAUAGUGCCUGCUAUUUCAAAGAUUUAGCUAAAAUAAUUAAAUAAAUAACAUUGUGAAUAAGCAGGUUCAUAUACCGUGUAUGUAUUAAAAUGGCAUAAUAUUUUUCUAUUAAUUUUACAAUUAAAUAAAAAUAUUGUAUAUUUCAAAUUUUUAAAUGUAUUUUGGGAUAAUAAAUAUGUAGUUUUUAUACUAAAAUAGCUUUCGUACAUUAGUUCUUGUUAGACGGCGCCACUGUUGAUUAAGGGCGACCUAGUCUAAAGGCCGUAAAUAUUUAUACGCUAAAAUAACAUCUCUAACGAAGGAAAUAUCUACAACAAAUUACUUCCAUCUUUUUAAAAAAACCUCAAAUAUAUUUUUGGUUUGCCUUGCUCUCUGAAUUCCUAUUUUGCGACGUCCUGCGUGAGCGAUCUAGAGGCGAAGACGAUGCGGUCCGGUGCGGCGCGAAAACAACAAACCUAUUGACGUGGCCGACGUAAUCAACCGCUCGUUUCAUUUAAUGGGUCGACGUUUGGCCGCUAUUUCACCUGAUGGUAAGUGAUGAUGCGGCCUACGAUGGAGCACGUCUGCCCAUAAGCAACCUAUUCACUCGGGCUUUGAAGACACCCAUCAGAAAACACAGACUCCGGCAAGGAGUUCAACUCGUGGGAUGCGGUGAGGCGCGGUGCGACACUCGAUCGAUUUUCUUAAUAAGUAUUUUCACGUUUUUGUUUAUAAUGUCGGAAACAGAAACAAAGCGAAAUGAUUCACAUGCACGUAGGACAUAGCCGCCGCGUCAUACCGCAUCGCGUUGAAUUCGCGUGUCACCGCACCGCUUCGCGUUCGCUUCUAGAUCGCUCGCGCCUGACGCGCUAGCAAAGCAAAUAUAAUGUUAACUUUAUUGUAUUUUUGUAUUGAAGAAUACUUGAUGUUAUUAUAUUUGUGUAUUAAAAGGUUUUAUUUCUCUAAAA